AUGCCAAAUUUGGAAUUCAUAGUCACAGCUGAAUUUCACAUUGAUAAAGGUCCAUCCUUGAUGUACCAGUAUCCUCAUGAGAUUCCUGGGUUGAAAAACUUGUAUUUCCUUCCUGAAUUGAUGUUACCCGACCAAAUACACAAACGUAAUGAGGACUACACACUUUUCCUACUAUAUCGGAACAUGACCACUGGUGAUUUCCAGUACUUGUACAAUAAAAAUACUUGUGAACCAGACCCAUAUUACUUGUACACUAUAGUGUUGAAUUUACAUAAUGACGAAUACAAACGUGGGUCUCAGGUGAAAAGCUUGUCCAUAAUCACCAAAAUCCCGUAUUUUAAGAACUUUAAACCAGUAUUGAUGAUUUGCUUGGACCUGUACUUUAACAAUAACAAUUUUGAUGUCGUUAAAGAGCUAUACCGCAGUUUGAAUGAAAAAGAUUUUAGCAUGAGCCAUGACCCUUCGGAUACGGCAGGAAUCGGUAAUGACCUAAGCAUUGUGAAAAAGAUUUUGAUUUCAAGCAUAUUGGACUUGCCGAUUAAUGACAAAAUAUAUUACGAUGAAAAUUUUAGAAACAAGGUUCUUGGUAUUGGAAAGAAUAGAAUUCCCAAUGACACCCUAUUUAUCAGAAAAGACUUGAGUUUCAACUCGAUUGUAAACUUCAACAAAAUGAACAUUCCUAUUAAGGUGCCAUUGUUGAACUUGCCCGAUACAAUUGGAGACUAUUUGAACCCUACUGACUUGAAUUUUAAACCAAACUUGAUCAAUAUUUUAAACUCCAAGCUAUCUGGCGAAUUAUUGAACAGUGAGAUGACCAUUUACGGACUCCAAACACCCCCAAUCAUCAUCCUAAUAAAUGCAAUAUUGACUGGAAAAAGGAUAUUGGUGCUUAGUUAUGAAAACAGCUCGGGGUAUAUCAUUGAUCAUAUUCUUUUGAUCUUGAAAAUUGUUACUGGAGGAGGCAUUUUAAGCGGACUUUUAACAAAUUAUAACGUGUUUCCAAUAAUCGAUGUGUCUAAAAUCGACUUGCUAGAGCAAUGUGAGAGCUUUAUUGCUGGUACAAUAAAUCCAUUCUUUAAGCACAAUGACAAGCUAUGGGACCUUAUGUACGAUUUGGAUUCAAAUGAGUUGAUAAUUAGUUCCAAUGUUGCCGAUGCCUCAUCGGUGAAUUUCAACAUGGAGUUUAAGAGCUCCAUCAUUUCAGAGGAUGCGAGGUUCUUGUCAAGUUUGCAGCUCUCUAUAUUCAACUAUAAUGACGACUUGACCACAAUUCAGUUGAUAUUUCGUCGUCACAUCAAUGAAAUUGUUCGGAUUUUGCUCAGUUCCAAGAAUUUUAAUAGCAGCUUGUUUCCCAGUAAUAAAGAUUUGAUCUUGCUACUUGAUGGAAUCGGGUAUUUUUGGUCAAGUGAUACUUCCAAGUUGUUGGAAAUGUCUUGUUAUCAAUUAAUUUCAAAAAAGUUUCAGGAUUUGUUGUAUAAUGGGAAAUUGACAUACAAUCUUCUUCUCCCGAACUUAUCCAACGAGUUGAAUCUCAUGAUUGAUUUACACUAUCAUUUGCAGAGCUUGAGCAACAUAUCAGUGGUUAAUGCCAACUCCAAAAUCAAUGAAAGAGAAGUUUGGUUUAAUAUAUUAAAAUUUUUGAUAUCUGGCAAGUCCUUGGAAAUCUUUUUAUUGACAACGUACUUGAUCCCACCAAGCAGUUCCACUAGUUUGCAAAGCUCGUCGGCUCAUGGUGGAAGCUUGACCAUAUUUGACAAGAAUAAAGGUAUUGAACUUCUAUUAAUCAAUCUAUUCAAUUAUGACGACCAAAUAAAGUCCAAUGUUAUAAUGAUUUUACAAGAACUACAGGACAACUUUUUAUGCGGUUGGUGUCUAGAAUUAUUUUUGAAGAGUAACACUGUUUACGAGAUUGCGUUUAAUGAUUUAAUUAAUGAAUGA